AAUCAUCGGCCGGCGAGCUCUAAAGUUGAAAUUCCGGUAACGGAGACAAUGAGGAAGUGGACGAUCCCGUUCGUCCUGUUUCUGUUGUGCCUGAUUUUUCUUGUUCCAGAUCAAGGUCGAAAGAUACAGGCAAAUGCAGAAGCUGAUUCUGAUGCACCAGUAGAUCCACCAAAGGUUGAGGAGAAGUUUGGUGCUGUUCCUAAUGGUUUAUCGACUGAUUCUGAUGUGGCUAAAAGGGAAGCUGAGUCUAUGUCAAGGAAAACUCUCCGAGCUAGUGCGGAGAAGUUUGAGUUCCAGGCUGAGGUCUCUCGGCUUAUGGACAUCCUUAUCAACUCUCUCUACAGUAACAAGGACAUAUUUUUGAGGGAGCUGAUUUCAAAUGCUUCUGAUGCACUGGACAAGAUUAGGUUCCUUGCACUCACUGACAAGGAGGUUCUUGGUGAAGGUGAUAACACUAAGCUUGAGAUUCAGAUUAAACUCGAUAAAGAAAAGAAAAUUCUUUCCAUUCGCGACAGAGGUGUUGGAAUGACUAAGGAGGAUCUAAGAAAGAAUUUGGGAACCAUAGCUAAAUCUGGAACUUCAGCUUUUGUCGAGAAGAUGCAGACAAGUGGUGACCUUAACCUGAUUGGACAAUUUGGUGUCGGGUUUUACUCUGUGUAUCUUGUGGCUGACUAUGUUGAAGUCAUCAGCAAGCACAAUGACGAUAAACAAUAUGUCUGGGAAUCAAAGGCUGAUGGGGCAUUUGCCAUUUCUGAAGAUACAUGGAAUGAACCUCUUGGUCGUGGAACUGAAAUUAGACUGCAUCUAAGAGAUGAAGCAGGUGAAUAUUUGGAUGAGCUCAAACUAAAGGAAUUGGUCAAGAAAUAUUCUGAAUUCAUCAACUUCCCUAUAAAUUUAUGGGCAAGCAAAGAGGUUGAGAAGGAAGUUCCUGCCGAUGAGGACGAGUCAAUUGAUGAAGAGGAAACAUCUGAAAGCAGUUCUUCUGAGGAAGAGGGAGAAGAAGAAGAUGCAGAGAAGGCCGAAGAUGAGAAAAAGCCUAAAACUAAGACAGUGAAGGAAACCACAUAUGAGUGGGAGCUUUUAAAUGACAUGAAAGCUAUAUGGCUUCGAAGCCCAAAGGAAGUGACAGAUGAAGAAUAUAAUAAGUUCUAUCACUCUCUGGCAAAGGACUUCAGUGAAGAUAAACCCAUGGCGUGGAGUCACUUCAAUGCUGAAGGUGAUGUAGAGUUCAAGGCUGUUCUAUUCAUCCCUCCUAAAGCCCCUCAUGAUUUGUAUGAGAGCUACUACAACACAAAGCAAUCCAAUUUGAAGUUAUAUGUCAGACGGGUUUUCAUCUCAGAUGAAUUUAAUGAAUUGUUGCCCAAGUACUUGAAUUUCCUAAUGGGUCUUGUUGAUUCUGACACCUUACCCCUCAAUGUCUCAAGAGAAAUGCUUCAGCAGCACAGCAGUUUGAAGACAAUUAAGAAAAAACUCAUCCGUAAGGCCCUUGACAUGAUCCGCAAACUUGCCGAAGAGGAUCCGGAUGAAACUAAUGACAAGGAGAAGAGAGAUGUUGAAGAGUCCAGUGAGGAAAAUGAGAAGAAAGGUCAAUAUGCCAAAUUCUGGAAUGAAUUUGGAAAGUCGAUAAAGCUUGGUAUUAUAGAAGAUGCAACUAACAGAAACCGCUUAGCUAAACUUCUCCGAUUUGAGACCACCAAAUCAGAUGGUAAAUUAACUUCACUAGACCAAUACAUCUCAAGAAUGAAAUCAAGUCAAAAGGAUAUCUUCUACAUCACUGGAGCCAGCAAAGAACAGUUGGAGAAAUCUCCCUUCCUUGAAAGGCUUAAUAAGAAAGACUAUGAGGUCAUAUUGUUGACCGAUCCCGUAGAUGAAUACCUCAUGCAAUAUCUUAUGGACUAUGAGGACAAAAAGUUCCAGAAUGUGUCUAAAGAGGGAUUAAAGCUUAAGGACUCGAAAACCAAAGAGCUCAAGGAGUCAUUCAAGGGGCUAACUAAGUGGUGGAAGACUACUCUUGCUAGUGACAACGUUGAAGAUGUCAAGAUAAGCAACCGUUUGGCCGACACCCCUUGUGUAGUGGUAACAUCAAAAUACGGAUGGAGUGCAUAUAUGGAGAAAAUAAUGCAUUCACAAACCCUGUCAGAUGCAAGCAAGCAGGCAUACAUGCGUGGUAAAAGGGUGCUUGAAAUCAAUCCUAGGCACCCAAUUAUCAAGGCACUUCGGGAGAGAGUAGUAACAGACCCAGAGGAUGAGAGUGUGAAGCUGACAGCAAAACUUAUAUACCAAACAGCUUUAAUGGAGAGUGGCUUCGAUCUUAGUGAUCCGAAGGAUUUUGCCUCCCACAUCUACAGCUCAGUUAAGAGCAGUCUAAACAUUAGCCCUGAUGCAACAGUUGAGGAAGAAGAAGACGAAGCUGAAGAACCUGAGGUUGAAACCAAGGCCGACGAGGAGUCAGCAUCCGAAGACUCUGAACUCAAGGAUGAGCUAUAGAUAUCCCAAGAAAUGUUCCCUUUUCCCGGAAACAACACGUUGUUGUGCUAUGUUUCUCAACACGUGAAGAAUGUAGGAAUAGUUUAGUUCACAAUUUAAACUUAAAGAAUUUUGUCAGUCUUGCAUUAUCCUUGUUUUAGUGUAUGAGUUUGUCGGUCCGUGUAACAAAUCUGGAAGGUCUUGUUUUUCCUAAUUGGAACUGGUAAAAGCUCUAGUUUUCUAAGGAAACCAACUUUUAACGUAUUACAAUUG